UUAUACAAACCACCCUCUUCAUAAAAUCCCGAGUCAUGAGACAAAUUUUCGUCCGCUGCAGAAAGAGAGUAAAGAGGUGGGGGAGAGAAUGGAAAUGGGCGGGUAGAGAGAGGCUAUGCGCUCUCAGCAGCUAGAGAGAGAAAGAACAACGGCAUGGAGAGCAGGACGUCAAUGGAUCGUGAUGGUGUUCGUUUUCCAGUCCCCCAUAGAAACGUCACAGUUAAUAUCAAGGGAGCAAAAACAGAUAUACUGAUAUGCAGUUAUGAAGAUCAUAUUCUUGUAGUCCAGGUGGUUGCAACACAGAUAGGAAGUAUGGGAACCAUCUUGCAUGCAAGGAAGGAGGAAGGUGUAUCCAUCAACCCAACUUUCAAUGUGUCUGUCAUAUUUGGGAAGAGGGAUGAGCCCAUGCUUGUGGCAUGUGCUCGGCAGCUUAUUGAGCAUAUAAGCUCAGGUUCUUCAAGAGCACUGGUACUGUCUCUAGGACUCAAGGACCACUCUGCGGAAACUCUUAGAGCAGUUGUUGCUGCUGUGACUGCUAUUAGCCUCUGGUAAUACGGGGAACUCUUGCAGUGAUAAGAGAGAGAGAGAGAGAGAGAGAGAGGGUGUUUUAUUGAGAUGACUGCAUUGACUCAGAGAGAGGGUAAUGGUUUCUUGAGACAACAGCAACAGAGCCCCAGCGAAAGUUAAUUCAUUAAUUUAGUGUAACUGAUAUGAACCUUACUGAGUGGACAGUGGGGAUGUACGUCCAUAUGGCAUCUUGGAUGAUCUGCACCGGCUAUGUCUUAUACACGAGUAAGAUAGAUUUAUAUGUAUGAUCGUUCUUUCAAAUUUUUCUGUUAUUUGUAAGAGGAUGUUCUGUAUAUCUUCUCCGACUUAGUGAUUGCAAACCCAGUUGAGUGCACA